AGAGAGAGAGAGAGAGAGAGAGAGGGAGAGAGAGAGAGAGAGGUGUACUUUUUGUGUGCACUGAAUAUGAGGACGACAAGAAGAUGGAGCAGAAGCACUGAAGGUGGAUUGCACUGAGCCUUUUCUCUUCUUGCAAGGCUUGUCUGCAGUAUCCUUUUGUAAACGGAUGCCAGCUUGAGUUGACGGCAUCCUAUCCUUGGGGAAAUAUCUAAGAAGAGAAGAGGAAGAUUUUUUUCCUUAUCACCUGGAAUAAACACAACAGGCUAAAUACCAAGCAAAAGUGCAUGGUUACAACAGAGCACCAGAGCCAUGUGGGAGGAGAGUGAUUGGGAAUUCAUAUUUGGAAGCAACAAGUCCAUGUUCUCUGCUGACAUACAGUAAUCUUUCUCCAGCCUUUCACCAGUACUUUUCCUCAGAGGCAGCCCCUGCUAUGAACCUCAGCUCUGUUGGCUUCAGUAGGCGGUCCAAUCUCAGUGCCAGGCACUGUGUGGGCAUCCCACAAGUCUGGGUUUUGCCCACACAGAAAUCACAGAUUGAAUACCCCUGUGCCACUCCUCUGUGUGGUCAAUUUACUGUCUUGUGUUAAAACUGAUCUGUAGCAGUUUUUCUCUACAUCCUUCCCUGCGUCUUUGCACUCAACAGAAUUAGUCUUCAACUCCUUCGCCACCACCACAAGCACCUCCUUUUGAUCCACCUCUUCUUUAUAAUUUGCUUUCCCAUCCAGCACCAGCACGAGUUCCUUUGUGCUAACGACGUGGUGGAGGACCAUGGGAUGCCGUCAGAGCUCGGAGGAGAAGGAGGCGGCUCGGCGCUCAAGGCGGAUUGACCGCCAUCUGCGCUCAGAAAGUCAACGGCAAAGGCGUGAGAUCAAGCUUCUCCUGUUGGGGACCAGCAACUCCGGCAAGAGCACCAUUGUUAAACAGAUGAAAAUCAUUCACAGUGGUGGCUUCAACCUGGAAGCCUGCAAGGAGUACAAGCCUCUCAUCCUAUACAAUGCUAUCGACUCUCUCACCCGCAUCAUCCGGGCCCUCACAACCCUUAAGAUAGACUUUCACAAUGCUGACCGCGCCUACGACGCUGUUCAGCUCUUUGCCCUCACAGGGCCAGCUGAGAGUAAAGGGGAGAUCACUCCAGAGCUGCUGGGGGUGAUGAAACGUCUGUGGGCAGACGCAGGGGUUCAGGAGUGCUUUCAGCGCUCCAACGAAUACCACUUAGAGGAUAACACUGCCUACUACCUAAACGACCUAGACCGCAUCUCUGCGCCUGAGUAUAUCCCCACUGUAGAAGACAUCUUACGCUCCCGGGACAUGACCACAGGCAUCGUGGAGAACAAGUUCACCUUCAAGGAGCUCACCUUUAAGAUGGUGGAUGUUGGUGGACAGCGUUCAGAGAGGAAGAAGUGGAUUCACUGUUUUGAGGGUGUGACUGCAAUCAUAUUCUGUGUUGAACUAAGCGGCUAUGACCUCAAACUCUACGAGGACAACCAAACGAGCCGCAUGGCCGAGAGCUUGCGUCUGUUUGACUCCAUCUGCAACAACAACUGGUUCACCAACACGUCACUCAUCCUCUUCCUUAACAAGAAGGACUUGCUGGCUGAGAAGAUAAAACGCAUUCCCUUGACAGUGUGCUUCCCAGACUACAAAGGGCAGAACACCUAUGAGGAGGCAGCCGUCUAUGUGCAGCGGCAGUUCGAGGAUCUGAACCGCAACAAAGAGACCAAGGAGAUCUACUCGCACUUCACCUGUGCCACCGAUACCAGCAACAUCCAAUUUGUGUUUGAUGCUGUCACGGACGUGAUCAUCCAGAACAAUCUUAAGUAUAUUGGGCUAUGCUAGGACCUGUCACUAGGUGGGAGGCGGGGUUGGGUGGGUUUGGCCGGCAGGUGAAAUGCAGGCAGCUCAGCGCCCAAAAGAGCGCACUAUAUUAGUAUGUCUACUUUCAGGAAGGGCAGCAGAGAACUGAAGAUAAAAACCUGUAUUAAGAAAGUCGGUUUGGACUAUACAGUAGAUUCAAAAGAGCUGCCAGGCCAUGGGCAGGGUGGGAGUUUUUACCCUAUGUGUUUGCACUGAAUAUAAGUAUGCAGAGACACCACACAUAAACACACACACACACACGUACAUCUUUAUGGUUUGUUCACACAAAAGGUAUUUGGGUCAACUCUCUUUUGACAGAGCGACACUGGAAACUUCAAGAUGACUACCCUUGUCAAACCUAAGAGUGAGAUCCUCCACUUAACUGGCUGUUUUUCCCCCCCUUUCUUUAUUUGCCUGAGUCAAUUGAUGCUGCUUUGAGAUAAAAAAAAAUCUUGACAAAUCGAUGCUGUUUGUUUAGGGGUGGGAGGAUGGGUCUUCACCUAUUUGUUAGGAAACAGCAAGCGCACCUAAUUAGGUGCAAAGUAAGCCUCUGCUUCUGAGGGGGGAAAAAGUCUGUAGAUAUGAUGUCAAAAGGGUUGCUGCCAAAAAAAAGGAAACUGCCACAACCUGAAAAUUUUAAUUCUAACUUUUUCAGCACAGCAGUGCCUUGUAAACACAUAGCCCCCCUGAAAACUUCAGUCUUUUGUUACGCUACAAACACAAAGUUUAAUUGGUCAUUAGGUUUUAUGUAAUGGAUCAGCACAAAGUAGUGCAUUAUUGAAGAGUGGAAUAAAAAUAAGAAAUAGUUUUCCAUUUAAUUAAAACAAUAUUUGUUGUGCAUUUAUGUUUAUCCCCCUUUUAUUUUAUGCCUCCUUUAAUAAGUAUAUAAUAGUAUAUAUGUAUAUAUACCACAAUAGUAUAUAUACAUAAAGUUUAUGAUAAAAUUAAAUGUACUCCAGCAUCAAAACCGACAUGUACUUUGAUGAUUUGAAAACAUUUGAGGUUCCACUGAAGUCUAACAACUUUUUAAGGCUUACCCAGACAUGACAAAAGAGAAACAUUAAUAACAGUAUAACCAGCAGCUUAAAGAACAUUAGGGAACAGCACCUUGAAGACCAAGGAACAAAUUUGACUGGUCAAAGGUAAUCCUGUGGGGAUGUUUAAAUAGUAGAUAGAGACCAAAUUUCCACAACUUUACACUUCUUAUGGUGUUAAGCUGUCUCCUCCUUAAAAUGCAAAAUGUUGGAACAGCUGCAAAGUUACCAAAACCACAGCACAUAGUGGAUUUUGCAGAAAUCUUUUUUUAAAACUGAAACAGAAAAUUAAUAAAAUACAGAGCCAUACUGAAAGCACACUUGUUAGAGGGUGCAAAACAUCUGGAGGACUACAGAUAGAGGCCCGAGGCCCAGUCAAAGUCCAGAGCUAAAUCUUAUUAAGAAUCUGUAGCACAGGCUGAAAUUUAAAAGAUAGACACUCAGCCUGCAACAAGGGUUAGCGUUAGGAAUUUUGCAUUAUGGAGUUGGUAAGAUAUUGAAUCUCUGAUAUUAGCUUGAAGUGACAAAAGACCAAAUACUAAUAAUAAUUUAGCAUUAGGUUAAAAGGACUUCUGAAGGCAGUUGAUUGCCUAAUUUUAUUUUAUGUUGUCAGAAUAAGGGGAUAAAUAUAAAUUCAAUCCAGAUCUUUCAGAUUUUUGUCCAUUUAAUGUCUUGGGGAAAUUUGCUUCCAAAUGAUGCACUAGUUUGUUCUGGCUUAUCAAAUGAACUUACUGUAAGUGAAAUAAAACAUUGAAAUUCAGGUGGUAAAAUUCCAUUUGCAGGGCACUGUAUUACUGAUCUUUCCUCUGGUUGACCCUCCAAUGUUGUUCUUUUGUUCUCCUCAUUUUUCUUUAAUCGUUUUGUGCUUUUAAAAGAAAUAAAAAAAAAAACUCUCUCAGACCUGCUCUUAAUAGCAGGCCUCUGAUUAAAAAUACCUAAGGUAUGUUACACUCAGAUGAGAGUAAAAGUAUUUAUAACCGUUCCAAGAGUCCAGUGAGCGACAACAAAAAACCGUGCCAACAUCAGUUUGUAAAUAAAACCAGAUCCCAUGCAUUUUUUUUCCAUUUUUGUUUUUAUGGAAAAUACAUUAAAACAUGCAUGAUUUUGUUACUUUGGGAUAUUAAUAUAUAUUUUCUUUGGGAUUAUGUUUUUCUUUUCUCCAGUUUAAAUAAUAUAUUCCCAAAAAAUAUAUAUAAAAGUCAAACACUGUGUACGAUUGUACAGUUCUCAGAGAGAAAUCUAUUGAAAAAGAAUUUUAUGAAUAUAAAAACACUGAGAAAAAAUGUUAUGUUGACAAAGAAGAUUACAAUGAUGGAAUGACAACAAAACUAUUUCUUUAAUGUCAUUGUGUGAGGAAAAAGUGGAUCAAAGAACAAGAAUUUACAAGAAAA